AUCCUAGCAACCUGCUGCUUCUCGCCGUUUUCCACUGCAUGCCUGGUUGCCAUGGUUUGUGAAUGGGACUGUUUGGUCGCUGCACAAUCCUUCACUGGCAUAGGAAUCCGAAAGUUGCCCUUAAUUUGUGUGAAAAAACUUUCGCAACGCACCUUACCGCCCUUGCGUGCGUGCCUUACGGUGGACAUCGACUGGACCCGUUACUGUCGUCGCUUCCCACUACCAACACAACCAUGGCCGAUCGCAAUUUGGAGCUGCAAACCACGUUGGUGCGCUACAACAACCCGGUGCUGGUGGUGAAGCAUGUGGAAAAGCGCGAACCGGCGGGCGAUGUGGCCCCAUCGAAGGAACAGACCGGCCGUCCCGGGUCGGGUGGUGCCGUCGUCGUCGACAGCCCGCGGGAGACGGAGGAGAUACUGAACUGCAUCCUGCCGCCGAAAACGUGGGAAGAGGAUGGGCAGCUGUGGACGCAAACCGUGUCGAGCACGCCCGCAACCCGCCAGGACGUGAUCAACCUGCAGGAGAUGCUGGACACCCGCCUGCAGCAAACGCAGGCCCGCGAGACGGGCAUCUGUCCGGUGAGGCGCGAGCUCUACACCCAGUGCUUCGACGAGCUGAUCCGCCAGGUCACGAUCAACUGUACCGAGCGGGGCCUGCUGCUGUUGCGCGUGCGGGACGAGAUUGCAAUGUCGCUCGAGGCGUACGAGACGCUGUACUGCAGCUCGGUUUCGUUCGGCAUCCGGAAGGCGCUGCAGGCCCAGGAGGGCAAGGAGAAGCUACAGGAGCAGAUACAGCAGGUGGAGCACGAGAAGGAGAUGCUGCUCAACUCGAUCAGCGACAUGAAGAUCAAGGCGGACCAGGCCGAGCGAAGGAACGCGGAGCUGCGCGCGUCCGAGGAGAAGAAACACUCGGAGGAGAUUGCCUUCCUUAAGAAAACCAACGCACAGCUUAAGGCCCAACUGGAAGGAAUUAUUGCACCGAAGAAGUAA